AUGGCUAUCUCACCACCUCGUACUAGAUCGAAGACCAAGGAAACUCGAACCGUUUCUGAAGCUUCACUGAUGACCCCCGCCAGAUCAACAGCACCAGAAUCACCCAUUGCAGCACCUAUAAAAGCCAAGCCUAAAUCUAGACGGGCAUUACUCCCUACACCACCCAAAAAGCGCAAAAACACAUUUCGCGAUAGCCCGAUCCCACUCAAGCUGCGGGAAACAACCUCAACUUCCAGAGCCGUGACUCGCCCUGAAACUCUCAGCUGGUUGGCAGACCUUGAGGAGGAGGAUUUUGAACCUCCUCAGUCUCCGACUCCUGCCGGUUCAGGGGCUGUCGAGGAAGAUACCAGCGAAGAUGAGGAAGAGAAGGUGUCCAAGCUUGGACCCAAGUCGUUCCAAUGCGGAAGUUUUACAAAAAGCUGGGAAGAGAUCGGACAGCAGCGAAACUUUGAGUUCUUCCAGGCCUAUCCUCACGAUGAGUUCUCAACCCUCUGCACGGAGCAUUUCAUGCAACUUGCAGAUAGAUGGUACUCUCGGCGGAAAUCCAUGGUGAACCGUCAGAUUCAAAAAGUUGUCAGGGGUGGCUUGACCCAGAAGCCUGAUUUCUCAAAACUGGCUCUCCCUGUUUGUGACGAGGCCUGGACCGUCAAGACCCUUGAAGACUUUAGGGCCGAGCUACGCCAGCAGAUCAAUGAUGCCAGUGAUCGGGUGACGCUCAACCAUCGACAAAUCCUUGAGGCCACUGGAGAACGACCCAUCUGUGAGCUUGGAAACCAGGACCGCCCUCUCAAGUGCUCAUUGUGUACCAACUAUGAGUUGCCAUGUCAGGGUAAGUACAUCGAGGUUGAUAAGGCACAUUGUCGUAUGGAUGAUCUACCCGAUGUCCUGAACCCAUAUUAUGCCACCUUAGACAAGGCUUCCAACCCUGUCCCUGAUUGUUGUCACCAAAACGCUCUUGCAAUCCUUAUGGGUGAUAAAGGUAAAGAUUACAUGGAGUGCGAGGAAUGUUGUUACAGCCAGGCACUCCCUCAGCCACCCCUUCAGAAGCCAAAGACGUAUGCCAUAAAAGUAGCUGGGAUUCGUAUCCCAGUCAAAGUUCGUCCCGAGCGGCUUUGUCUAAACAGCAAGCUCGGGCAUGUCGACGUUGGAGGCAUUCAUAUUGUUGUUGACCACUGUGCUGGAGGGCUGCGAAUGAUCAAGUUUCGAUCAACUCAGUUCUCAAAGGCUCAUGAGAUGCAUGCCUUGGACUUCCACCUGGAGGACGAGAUCGACAUGCUUGACUUUGAGCUGCCCGAAAAGCAUACGUACGAUGAUCCUGAGUUCCGCGACGUAGAAGCUGGAUUCCCCGAGCUAUACUGGCAAGAGGGUGCUUUUAACGCAAUUACUCAUUGCUCUAACCUAUUUGAUAAUUGUUCGUGUCAUUAG